CAAAAACAGUCCAAAAAGCAAAGCCAACGAUUUAUUAGUCAUCAUCCAUUAGGAACUGAUAGACCGGAUAGCAAAGUUUCCUGAUAAAACAAGUAUCUACUAUGGUGCAUUAUGCUUCGCUUUAUCGGGAUUACAUUCCCUUCCACGCGGAUCGCCCGUACAAAUAUCACAACCGAAGGUUCCUCGAACGAUGGGACAAGUUGAACGGGAUGCAGUGGGUGAAGGCAUCGAAUGGUGAAAUACCACCCAAUGCCGUCAUCGCCGGCCACGAAGGCAACCAAACGCUCUACGUGGGUCGGGCGGAAGUGAACAAUUCCAUUGCACCGGGGUCGGUCAAUCCACAGAAGCGGGCAUGCUUCUGUCCAUGGGGUGGCAAGAAUCACAAGCGGCCCACGUACGAAGUGCUCUGCACCCCGGGUCAGUUUGUCGAGGUCGACAGUUGGAACACGCUGGUGCUGGGAACGCCCGGUGGCAUCAGCGAGCAAGGUGAACCUCUGUACAUUGGUCGAAAUGUGCAGAAUGGCGAACUGAUCAGCGGGAAGAUUCAAAGGUCGUACUUUGUUUGCUACAUUCCAUACAAGACAAAGGAAGUGGAGCGGCCUGUGUUCGGGAGUCAAAUUUUUAUCAAGUCCACGAGCUAGAUUACAAGACUGAGUUUGUACUUACUGAUUAGGUAUAUUAGAAGAUAGGGAGUGUUAAAAGGGGUUUCUAGGAACUUACAUCUGUUUGUUACUAUGAAUAUUCUGAUAAUGUAUUAAUAAUCCUAAUAAAUUUUAUAGAUUAAAAAAAUA